CUUCCGAUAUCUUCCGAUGGGGCCCAUUGCAAUGGCCGUGGGUGGAUGCUCGGCCAGCGUGUUUGCCGUGCAAAAUUCAUGACGAAAAUGAGUGAAAAGGCCUGAGGUCGUAGCGCACAUUUUCUCCCACUGCUUUCUCUCGUUGUACGAAUUCCUCCCCCCGAUGUCUCUCAAUCGAAUCGCUGAAGCUACUAUUACAAAGACACCGAAUAGAGUUAGCUCACUUACUCGCCACAUACAUGGCUGGUCCUGGCAGUCGUUUCCAAUUGGAAUGGGGACGGGCGCUGUCUUCGUGACGCUCUCUGGAUUGAAAGAGCAUCCUAGUUGGUUGACGUCGGUAGAAACCGGGUUCUGGUCUUUGAACAUGGCCAUUUUCCUACUGAACGUCAUUGCAUUAUCAGUCCAAGCGCUCGAGUUCCCUCACCGAGCUUGGCGUCUGCUGCAAGAUCCGGUGGAAGGGCUUUUCCCUCCGAUGAUGGUGCUAUCAUUUGCUACGAUCAUCAUCGGGACGAUCAACUACGCAAUUAUUAAUGGACCUGCCAGCGGCAACGUCGCGUAUGUCUUAUUUUGGAUUUACGUGGGCUUGUCUCUGAUGACUUGUUUCCCAAUGCUCAUGAUCUGGUUCAAUCAACCUCACGACAUAUUGCGCUUCACACCCGGUUAUGCUUUUUUAGUGUUUCCUCUGAUGCUUACUGGGGUUGUCGCAUUUAAUGUUCUGAGGGUUAUGGACCCUUCGGACCCCAGAGCAUUGGGAGUAUUGUUUGUCGGGUACUUUUUCCAAGGCCUCGGGUUCUUCAUGACCUUCUUCUAUCUUGGCAUUUAUCUGUUGCGGCUUGUCAUGACGGGCUUUCUAAAAGGACACCAGGCCAGUAGUGCCUUUGUUGCUUGCGGUCCUCCAGGUUUCACUGCCCUUUCUUUAAUCAACUUAGCCGAUCACGCUAGUGUUAUUCUACCGGCGCAUGGCAUCAUAUCCAAUGCUGCCGGGGAGAUUUGGUAUGCUGCAAGUGUGAUGGCAGCCCUUUUACUCUAUGGUUUGGCCGUCUUCUUCUUCCUCCUUGGGAUUAUACCGUACUGGUUCAAGCUCCACAAAAGUUUGGACGAGAUAUUAGGAUGCUGGGCUCUGACAUUUCCAAAUGCGGGGUGGAUCUCCACUACAGGUGUACUCGGGAAAAUCUUGAAUAUUCAAGGUCUAUUCAUUGUCCACGUCGUCAUGGACACCCUUCUUUUUCUCACUUGGUUGGUCUUGAUCGUCCUAACCGUCAAGGCGAUUUGGAAGGGCCUCAUCUUCAACGCAAAAGAUGAAGAUGUUCUCAAGGACUCCAUUUUUACUGUGGAUGAGAAGGUUACUGCUGACAACCACUCGGAUGCUGGAACUUUGGUUUGAACCGUAUUAUUUUUGGACCACACAUUCUUGGGCUCUUUCGGGAACAGAUACAUAUACCACGCUUUGAUAACAGAUAUAUACUUAGACCUUCAUUUCUUGGAUAGAUUCAUACAUAGAUUGUGCAUAGCGGAUAUUUAUAGAGCAUUGUAAUACCUUAUAGAAUAUCUCUUCUUGUCGAUAGAGCAUAUACAUCUCGUAUUCAUUUCAUUGGGUUUAAAAAGG